AUGGAAAAGAUAAAUCUUAAUCUCUCUACCCGCCCGAAAGCAAGCAUUCUGGACAAACCGUUGAGCCGGGGAAAGGGUGAAGUGUCGCUAAGCUGCUACGCCCUGCUGUUUUCCGAGCUGGUUCAAUACUCCCAGAGCCGUGUUAGCACCAUUCCCGACCUGCAAAACAGGUUACACGACCUAGGCAAAGAUGUGGGCUCCCGUAUCAUCGACCUGUACUUCGUACGAGAGCGGAACUCAAAACGAGAAACCAAACUGAUCAACAUGCUGCUGUUUAUCAAAACCACUUUAUGGAAGACUCUGUUCGGUAAGGAGGCGGACAAACUGGAGCACGCGACCGACGACGAGUGCACGUAUUACAUUAUCGAAAAAGAGCCACUGGUCAAUAAGUUCAUUAGCGUUCCGAAGGACAAGGGAUCGCUGAACUGUGCCGUUUUUGUGGCCGGAAUCGUUCAAGCGGUUCUGGCGAACUGUGGAUUUACGUGUCAAGUGUCGGCCCACUGGCACAAAGGAACGACGUAUAUGGUCAAGUUUGAGGAGCACGUAAUCAGCAGAGACAAACAACUGGAGGAGAAAUAAACCUAGG